AUGCCGCCAGUUCCAGAUGAAGCACUGCACAAGAUCAUUCAACAAAUUCAAACUCAAUUGGUAAACUCUUCACGUCAAUUGAGCAUGGUAAAAGCACAAUUGCAAGGACAUGAACAAGGUAAACGUAGAUUAGAGCUUACGAGACAACAGCUCGAUCAAGAAACCAAACAAGGUGGAGCAGAUGUACGAUUAUGGCAAGGUGUCGGGAAGAUGUUUGUUUUGGAAGAUGAGAGUACAGUUCAAGCGAAGCUAAACACAAAAUUGAAAGAAUUAGAAACAGAGAUUGCAAAUUUGACAAAGAAGCAAAAGUUCCUGGAAAAGCAGACAAGCGAAGCUCAAGGACAUAUGCGAGAUAUUUUCUCCGGUUUAGAACAACAACAGAAACAGCAGGCUGCAUAA